AUCUUCAUCGGAGAACUUCUUGCUUUAGAUAAGAGCAAGCCAACCCCAAAGCUCCCUUUUUUUCGUUUAUUUUUCAUUUUAAAUCCGAUAUAUAUUGAAGAUUCUCUGUUUUCAUGUGAAAGCUUAAGCCUCUUCUCGUUUUUAUCUUUUUGCCUAGUUUUGCUUGGACUGUAAGUUGCUUUUGCUUCAUCUUGUUUCUCCUUUCCCAGGGGUUCAUUAUCUUUUUUGGCUAUUAUCUUCAGAGGCAGUACCUUUGAGCUCAACCCAAAUUCCAGAAAUAAAAAAAAUACAAGAGAAAGAAGAUUAUAAAAAGGAGCUGAAUUUGGAUGGUUAGUUCGGGGAGAGAAAUAGGAAUCGGACGGAUUGUUACGAGGUUCGGUGGUUUGAACUUUGAAGCUGAUAUGGAAGGUUGAAAGAAAGAAUCUUUUAGCGGAAAAGGAACAUUUUUUUGGUUGAAAUGAGGAAAUCUGGAAUAAUUUAGAAACUAAAAGGAAACAAAAACUAUGAGUUGCAACGAAGAGGAAACAACAAACGUCGUCGUUUCGAACGGGUCGAUGACGGCUGCUCAAGAGUUGACCAUCGAUCAAAAUUUGCUCAUCGACCCGAAAUUGUUAUUUAUCGGCUCCAAAAUCGGAGAAGGAGCUCACGGCAAAGUUUACGAAGGAAGGUAUGGUGAUCGGAUUGUUGCCAUUAAAGUUCUUCACCGUGGGAGGACUGCGGAGGAAAGGGCUGCGCUCAAGAGUCGUUUUGUUCGCGAGGUUAACAUGAUGUCUCGAGUGAAACAUGAGAACCUUGUCAAGUUCUUUGGAGCUUGUAAGGACCCGCUGAUGGUUAUAGUAACUGAGCUGUUACCGGGAAUGUCCCUCCGGAAGUAUUUAGUUAGCAUCCAUCCGAAGGUUUUGGACCUCCAUGUGGCUUUGAAUUUUGCACUGGAUAUAGCUCGAGCCAUGGAUUGUCUGCAUGCCAAUGGGAUUAUACAUAGGGAUCUAAAGCCUGACAACUUGCUGCUUACAGCAAACCAGAGAUCCGUGAAACUUGCAGAUUUUGGUCUUGCGAGGGAAGAAACUGUGACAGAGAUGAUGACUGCAGAGACUGGAACUUAUCGUUGGAUGGCCCCUGAGCUGUAUAGCACGGUGACGUUGCGUCGGGGAGAGAAAAAGCAUUACAAUAACAAAGUUGACGUCUACAGCUUCGGAAUUGUGUUAUGGGAACUGUUGACCAAUCGAAUGCCAUUCGAGGGCAUGUCGAAUUUACAGGCAGCUUAUGCUGCUGCUUUUAAGCAAGAGCGACCUAGCCUUCCAGAGGAUAUAUCCCCCGAGCUGGCAUUUAUCAUACAAUCAUGUUGGGUCGAGGACCCUAACAUGAGGCCGAGCUUCAGCCAGAUAAUGCGUAUGAUGAAUGCAUUUCUCUUCACGCUCACACCUCCUUCACCUUCCAAACCCGAAUCCGACACCAGUGAGACUGCAGAAACAAGCAACGGAGCCAUGACCGAGUUAUCCUCUCGAACAAAGGGUAAGUUUGGUUUCCUUCGCCAAUUGUUUACUGCAAAGAAGACAAGGAACACUCAUUGAGGUUAAAGUUUUGAAGAGAAAAAAUCUUUUCUUUUUCGUGCCAACGCACGCUAUAUUUUAGAUACAUAUUUUAACUGAACCUCGUCUUAGUCAAUCCUUUUUUAUGAUGAUUAUCAUCAAAUGAAGGGAAUGUAGGAAGGAUGUUGGUGGGUUAACUACGUGGGCAAAAUAAAAGAAAGAAAGAGCACCAUUUACACCGUCUAAUUGACUUUGUUGUAAAGAAGAUACAAUUGUUUGACAUUGUCAUGUUGAUAUUAAAUGUUACAUUCAUCAUC